AUGGGCGAAAAAGGGGUUUACCUCUCUGACUGGAGUUGUUUUGUUAUAUCUGUAGACACUGGAGAGGUUCUUGACUAUCAUGUCCUUUCAAAAGAAUGCCGGAAAUGUACCAUGAAAAGGUCUCAGUGUCAAACUGACGAGGAGUUCGAAGCAUGGCAGAUUGAGCAUCUUGCUUCCAAUGAGUGUGACAUUAAUUUUAAUGGAAGCUCACCUGCAAUGGAAGCUGAGGGUGCCAUAGUUGUUUGGAGUAGAUCUGUGGAACUGCAUAAAAUAAGGUAUAAAUGGAUGGUUUCUGACGGAGACAGUAAGGCAUUCAAUACUGUGGAGAAUAUAUAUGGCGAUGACUGCAAGGUGGAAAAACUGGAUUGUGUUGGGCACGUGCAAAAACGCAUGGGCAAGCACCUACUUAAUCUUAAAGCAAGAACCAAAGGUAAACUUGCAGAUGGCAAACCCAUUGGAGGACGGGGCCGACUGACUGAGAGCCGCAUUAAACGCCUUCAGAAGUACUAUGGUCUAGCCAUUAGACAAAACACCCUAACUAAAGCAAACCUAACAGAAAGAGAGGUUGAUGUUGUUGUUUACACCAUGAAGAAAAAUAUCAUUGCCAUCCUCCAUCACAGUGUCCAGUCACAAGAUGCUGCUAAACAACAUCGCUUCUGCCCUGUUGGUGAGGAUUCCUGGUGUAAAUGGCAACAAGAUUGUGCUACUGGAACAAAUACUUAUGAAGCAGGUGACUGUUUGCCUGAAGUGUUCUUUGAACUGCUGAAGCCAACAUUCAUCACACUUAGUGAAACUAAGCUGCUUCAAAGGUGUGUGCGUGGCGCCACCCAAAAUCGCAAUGAAUGCAUCAACGGACUGGUGUGGGCACGCUGCCCAAAACACAAGCAUCAUGGUGCCAAGGUGAUUAGAUGUGCAGUUGCUUCUACUGUGUGCCAUUUUCAUAGUGGAGCUGCCAGCAGAGCAAGAAUAAUGCAGAGACUGGUAAUUCCAGCAGGGGAGUACACUCAGAAGGCCUCAGAAGAAAAGGACAAGAGGCGGUUGAGAAAAUCGGACCUUCAGACCUCUGCUAAAGAAAAGAAGCGCCGGCAAGGAGAGCAAAUGAGGCGCACACGCAGAGAAGAUGCCCUACGGGAGGCUGAUGGUGAUACCUAUGAACCUGGAGGCUUCUAA